AUGCAGCGCUGGGCCGAUGGGGACGCCACGCAUGACGCGGGGGCACGCAGCAUUGCGGAAGUUGUCAAAGCAGCACGCGCAAUGACUGGAAAACCUGCCCUGGCUUCGGAUGAGGAGCUGGUUGAGUGGCUAAAAGGACAAGAAGUCUUCUGCGAGACGGACCUCUUGAAUCUGUCCGAUACUGCCUGGGCCGCCGUUCAGCGUGCACCUGGUGCCACUCUGGUGUUGCUGGAUGCCCUGGAGCACCUGCGGGCGCGGCCGCGGCCUGGGGCCGCCUUCCCCGAGGCGCCACCCAUCCAACGGCAGAACUCCGGGUCCAUCUGUGGGAAGUCAGCGGUGGAGAUGGAGGUCCAUGGUUUUAUCGGCAUCAUAACAAUGUGCAACGAGAGCAAACGGAAUGCGCUCAGCCAGCACGUUUGCGACGAGCUGAGCGGCUUGUUAGACCGUUGCUGUUCUGCCGGUGUGCGCGUGGUGAUUCUUCGCUCCUCACCGGGUGUGAAGGUCUGGAGUUCUGGGCACGACGUGCGAGAUUUUAAGCGGGUCGACGGGUCUGACGCAAGGAGCUUUGGCAAAAGCAAAUUUCAGGAUCCUUUGAGCUGUGAGGAUUCCUUUGUAAAGCUCCUGGAUCGCAUCCGCAACCUGCCGGUCCCCGUGCUUGGCUCCAUCGAGGGCACCGUCUGGGGCGGCGCCACAGACAUCUGUGCCUGCUGCGAUGUGUUGAUCGCCACGCCGCAGACCACCUUCGCCAUCACCCCAGCGAAGAUCGGGCUGCCCUACAACCACUCGGGCAUGUCGCAUUUUAUACAGGUGAUGCCGCUGCACAUCGUGAAGUGGAUGUUCUUUUCCGGUGAGCCGAUCUCAGCGGAUCAAGCGUUACAGAUCGGUUUCCUGAACGAUGUGGUGCCGGUGGAGAAGUUGGAGCAGAGGACUCAAGAGAUGGCCCACAUCAUCGCGUCCAGAGCACCACUGGUGGUCCAUCUGCUGAAGAGGCAGUUGCUCUGCAUGAGCCCAGCCCCAUCCUUGACCCCAGAGGUCUUCGAAGAGCUCCACGAGAAGCGAAAGCAAACCUGGUCUUCCAAUGACAUGGAAGAAGGGGUGCAGGUCCAGACUGAUCCUCUGUUGCAGCUGGAGGACAUGGAGAAGGAAACGCAGGUGCUGCUGCGUCGAUUGCCUCCUGAUUUCUUGCUGCGGCACUUGUGUGAGGAGUGCGAUGAAGAUUCCGCAGGCCCUGUUGGACUCUCCGAUGAUGAGCUGGCGGCUGAACUGAAACGACUGGAGCCUGUCAACGAGGAUUUGGCGCGAAUGGCGCAGAUGGGUGCUGGCGUGGCAAAGCGCUUGAAGCAUGCCACCAGAGCCCUUGAGGGCAGGGCCCAAUGGCUGGAAGAUGUGGCAAAGACAGCGACGAAUGCGGCUGAAGCUUUUGGGUUUGGUCCUUUGAAAAUGGCUGGGAAUGGGAUGGCACCUUUGAGGUAG